AUGGCAUGCAAUUCGCGGUCUCUGUCGCGUCUUGGCGUCUUUUCCCGCCACAUCGCACCUCAGCCUGAUGAACUCGUUCAUCCCCGUCUCAAUUCCCCGUUGCCUUCUAUCGGAUCUUACACUGGCGCAUCCUUUGGCCCAUCCUUCUUGCACUCGGGUGCAUCAGCACCAUCCCCUCUAUUGAGUGCGGGAGACGCCAUAGGCUCGGCAGUGGCUCGGCGGUUCGCCAGGGAAGGAUAUGUGGCGGUGGUGGUUCGGAGGAACGGAUCCAAGCUCCAACGGCUAGUGGAGGAAAUAGCAGCAGAUGGCGGGAAAGCAGUUGGCUUUGGCAUUGAUGCAAGGAAGGAAGACCAGGUGGCUCGGCUGUUUGCUACAGUGGAGGGGGAAAUCGGUCCGAUCCAUGUGAUGGUGUUCAACAUCGGGGCGAACGUUUGGGAGAUGGCAUGCCUGGCAGGCCUCCUCACGUCUCGCGAGGCUGCGCGAAGGAUGCUUCCCAGAAACUGCGGCACUAUCAUUCUCACUGGCGCAACUGCAAGCGUUCGCGGUGCUGCAGGGUUUUCUGCCUUUCCUGGAGCUAAGCACGCGCUAAGAGCUCUGGCUCAAUGCUUAGCUAAAGAAUUAGGUCCCCAAGGAAUACACGUUUCCCAUGUGGUGAUUGACGGGGCCGUUGACACUCUGUGGAUUAGGGAGAAUUUUCAGGAGAUGGUAAAGGAGAAGGAGGUGGAUGGGUUGGUGCAGCCUGAUGAUGUGGCGGAGCUGUAUUGGUCGUUGCAUAUGCAGAAGAGGAGUGGCUGGACGUUUGAGGUGGACCUCAGGCCUUGGAGUGAGAAAUGGUAG